UCAUGACCAAGGAAUAACUAGAGUCACUCAUUCUACUUUAGUGGAGGCCGGGAUCCUGCCUAAUUGAUGUGUUUCUGGUGAACAGGCCUUGACCCCAUACAAAGCCGCAGUAUCUCCAGAGCCAAAACAUGGGUUGAUCUGUGCUGAACUGAUUCAUGUCGUGUUUCAUGGCAAUUGGACCGAUCCUCUUCCUGUUCUCAAACAGCCGUGGCCUCACUCAGUGCACUGCCGUCUGCGCAUCUACCAACCUGGCAUGUUUUUCCCCUCUAAUAAAUCCACUCGUCAACCGCCAGCGUCCCGAAGCGCAAUUCAGCAUCCAUUGGACGGGCUGGUCUGGGGAGGGUACAUGUGUUGGAGAGCAUCACGCAUCUUCACUUCCCCAAGAAGCCUCAAAGUGAUGUGUGACAAAUCCUUAUCCUUUGUCAGGCCGGGGUUUAGUCGUGUGAU